GAAGUGUCUUUGUGCAUUUUCCUUUACAAGUUUUCUUUCACUGUCUCCUGGACUACAUAUACAUUGACGUCCCCACUACAUCAGGAUACGUUCUAGAAAUCUUCUAGAAAACGUCUAGAAGCUCAGCUAAAAUGGUAUCAUCUUUCAGAACUCUAAUCAUUGCAGCAUGUCUGCUAAUGACUGAAGCUACACCCUUACUCAAGAAGAAGGGAUUGAGCUUCGACUACAAUGGUAGUAAGGUUCGCGGCGUCAAUCUAGGAGGAUGGUUUGUGCUGGAGCCAUGGAUUACUCCGUCGUUGUUCUAUGGAUCUUGGGUAGAUGAGUACACUCUGACCCAAACACUUGGGAAAUCUGCUUCACAAAAUUUAUUGAACGCACAUUGGGCAACUUGGAUUACGCAGAAUGAUUUCAAUGAGAUUGCAAGUGUAGGAUUGAAUCAUGUCCGUAUACCAAUUGGAUAUUGGGCCUUAAAUCCGUUGCCGGGGGAUCCUUAUGUCCAGGGACAAUUAACUUACUUGGACAAAGCUAUUGGUUGGGCAAGACAGGCAGGAUUAAAAGUUAUUCUAGAUGUUCAUGGAGCACCAGGAAGUCAAAAUGGGUUUGAUAACUCUGGACGAAAAGGACCUGUCACUUGGACCCAAGGAGAUACUACCAAGCAAACGUUGGCUGCCAUCCAAACGUUGGCCUACCGUUAUGCUCCAGCGACAGACGUUGUGACUGGGAUCGAGCUUCUCAAUGAACCAGCGAACUGGGCUCUUGACAUGGGAGCAGUUAAGCAAUUUUACUAUGACGGUUGGGGAAAUGUGAGAAACGCAAACCCUGAUACCGCAGUUGUCAUUCAUGACGCUUUUCUUUCUCCACCUUCGUGGAAUGGUUUCAUGAAUUACCAAUCUGGAGUCAAUGAUAUCAUUCUUGAUACCCAUAUCUAUCAAAUCUUUUCCUUCGCAGAGGUCGCUAUGAAGCCUUGUCAACACGUUCAGGUUGCUUGCAGUCAAGUCGGAAACUUGGCCAAUACAGACAAAUGGACGAUUGUUGGAGAAUUCAGUGGAGCACAAACAGACUGUGCAAAAUGGUUGAAUGGCUUUGGUGUCGGUUCACGAUACGAUGGAUCAUAUCCUGGGAGCCCUGCAUGGUAUGGAUCUUGCCAGACAAAAGAUGUUGGGACGGUUGACGGACUACUUGAAGUCGACAAAGUGAAUCUAGCAUAUUUCAUGGAAGCACAACUUGAUGCAUAUGAAGCUCACUCAGGCUGGGUUUUUUGGACGUGGAAGACGGAAUCUGCUCCCGAAUGGCACUUCCAAAAUCUGACAAGAGCGGGAUUGAUCCCGCAGCCUUUGACGAGUAGAAAAUAUGGGAAGCAAUGCGCAACUUCAGCCUGCUUAAUUCCAGGCAAUUGAAGAUUUCCCACUCACCUUCACGAGAAACCAUGAAAUUUCUUUUUGGCGGCAAUACAAGAGAGGAUAUGGGGCUCAAUGACGGUCAUACAUGCAAUUAUUUGGAAGAUGAUAUUUUGGCGAAUUUACGAUGCAAUAACGAUACCCCUUCAUUCGCUCGGGGAGUUAAUUGAAAGGUAGAUAGAUUAUAGUUAUCGGGGAGAAGCGAAGAUUUAGAGUGCAAGGGAUGCCAAGAGAGGGAUAAUUUGUUGGUGCAACAAUUAAUGAAUGCCCCGAGCGUCCUUUCCAUGGUCCCUUGUGGAUAGCACGUGAGGUACAAGACA